AGUGGGGAGGCUUGAGAAAAAUGCACUGGCAUUUACUUUAGUCUCACAAAAUACAUUUCGCCGCCAAAAAGCGAAAAACAGAUCGACAUAAGGAUCUAUGUUGUAUGGAAUUAUGUAUCUGCCGAGAAGAAAGGCGUCCUUCGGGAUAUAUCUAAUGCUUGUUGUCUUGGAGUAUAACUGGGGAGCGGUAUCCACUCAGCUCUCAUAUUCCGUGUCUGAGGAGGUGAACCUGGGGACUUCCGUUGGAAAUCUCGCCAAGGAUCUGAACCUAAAUAUACAGGAUCUGGAGUCACGUAUGUUUCAGAUUGUUACUGGAUCAAAAAGGAAGCAUUUCGAUGUAAAUUUGAAGACAGGUUUUCUCUACGUGAGUGAGAGAAUAGACAGGGAAGAGCUCUGCGCUAAAGCUACAAAAUGCACAAUAAACGUGGAGGCUGUGAUAAACAAUCCGCUGAAACUUUACCGUAUUGAAGUCAAUAUUCUUGACGUAAACGAUAACCCCCCGUCUUUCAGUGCCAAAUCUCAAACUAUAGACAUUGCAGAGAGCGUGUUGCCGGGAGCUACGUUCCCUGUGCUGUCGGCUUACGACGCCGAUGUGGGGAAAAAUGGUGUUAACACUUACAAGCUGAACCAGAAUGAACAUUUUUCUUUAGCGGUGCACAAAGGGGACAGUGUUUCGGCAGAGAUAGUUCUUCAGAGAGCGUUAGACCGAGAAAAGCAGGCUGUAAUUAAACUCACACUGACGGCUAUAGAUGGAGGGACACCUAUUAAAUCAGGCACGUCAGAGAUCAUAAUUAAUGUGUUGGAUAUAAAUGAUAAUAUCCCAACUUUUAAAAAAUCAUUGUAUAAAACAAGUAUUAAAGAAAAUGCACCAUCAGGCACUACAGUAGUAACAGUGGCUGCAACUGAUGCUGACGAGGGUGCAAACAAAGACAUCGUAUAUUUACUUAAUUCGAAAGAUCAGGAUCGUGUAUUAGAAAUCUUUGAAAUUGAUUUGGAAACAGGAAUAAUAACAGUUAAAGGAACUAUUGACUAUGAAACAAACCCUGCUUUUGAAAUCCGUGUGCAGGCUACGGACAAAGGCCAACCUCCGCUAACAGCACAAUGUAAAGUACUCGUAGAGGUGGUGGAUCUAAAUGACAAUGCCCCCGACAUCACCGUGACGUCACUGCUCAGUACAGUUAAGGAGGACGCUGAAAGUGGCACUGCUAUUGCACUUGUUUCGGUUCUCGACGAAGACGGGGGCAAAAACGGUGAAGUCAAAUGCGAGAUAUUGAAUUCGGUCCCCUUUAAAUUGGAGACAAAUUAUAAAAAUUAUUAUUCUUUGGUCAUUGGUGGCGUUCUAGACAGGGAACUUGUGUCGCACUACAAUAUCACUAUUAAAGCUACUGAUGAAGGCAGCCCCCCUCUCUCUAGCACCAGUGUAGUUACUAUUCAGGUUUCUGAUGUAAAUGAUAACGCACCUUUGUUUGGAGAUACUGUAAUUAAUAUAUAUGUGGCAGAAAACAGUCCUGUCGGGACUGUUUUAAAAACUGUAUGUGCAACUGACGCUGACGCUGGCGAAAACGGGCAGGUGAGAUAUUCAUUAGUCAGUGAUAACGCAGGGCCGCUCUCUACAAUGAUCAGCAUUAACUCAGAGACUGGAGGCAUAGUCACUCUACAACCUUUUAAUUAUGAGGAGUUGAAAAUGUUUCAAUUUAAAGUCCAGGCCACAGAUUCUGGUGUUCCUCCGCUCAGCAGCAACGUGACUGUUAAGGUCUUAAUUCUGGAUGCAAAUGAUAAUAAUCCAACAAUUCUCGCUCCUUACUCUCAGCACGGCUCCGUUAACAGUGAGAGCAUCCCCUAUUCUGCUGAAGCGGGAUACUUUGUGGCAAAGAUCAGGGCUGUAGACGCAGACUCUGGAUACAAUGCGCUGCUCUCUUAUCACCUAUCUGAGCCCAAAGGAAACAACUUGUUCAAGAUCGGAACCAGCACCGGGGAGAUCAGGACUAGGAGGAGAUUGAGUGACAAUGACCUCAAAACUCACCCCUUGGUGGUCUUGGUCUCUGAUAACGGAGAACCCUCCCUCGACGCUGUAGACCGUGGCACAGAAAGGUGGACGCUCCUCCCAUGGUAA